GUUUAAAGGAACUAGCCAGGGCAAUUAUUUACAUAUGCUUAAUUAUCGACGAAUUGGGUAAUUUUGACAAAGGGUUCUAUGGAUUUGUUAGUUUGUUAAUAGAGAAGGAAAAAGAGCAGGUGAGCUUAAUCACUUCCAAAGAUGAUGGAUUAGAUGGCAGUUGUAGAUAAACAAAGUUAGUAGCAAGCUUUUCUAACCCACCAAGGUAACCUUAUAUAAAGGAGAUUGGCCUGAAAAAUAGUAGCAUAGAUUUGUGAAAUGGCAGAGAUAGAAUGGGGACAGACUUCAGGGAAGAAGGUAAGGCAACCACCUUCAGUUCCAUUUCUAUGGGAAGUAAGGCCAGGGAUGCCUAAAAAGGACUGGAAACCAGAGGUUACUUCACCUACACCAAUUUCCACUCCUCCACUCAAGCUCAUUGCCUCAGUUCCUUUCCAGUGGGAAGAAAAGCCAGGGACACCACUACCUUCUUUUUCACAGCCACCAAAAGAAUCACUAACUGCACUUUUUCCAUUACCACCAACAUAUGGUUACUUCUCCAAGGAUGAUGAAGUUGAUGAAAAUGACAAAGAUUACAGCAGCAGUGAUAAUAAUGAUGGAGAAUAUGAUAAUCGAAGUCUGUUUAAAAUGGAUCUCGAAACAUUUGGUUCGGAAACAGAUGAAUCAUAUCAUUCUCCUUCUGUCCUAGCAAACUGCCUGGUGUCGGCUGCGACUUCUGCCGCUGGUCCAGCACACAACACUUAUUUAACUGAAGACAUCAACAGUGAUAUGCUAGACUCCCCAUCUUCACUAGCAUCAGAAACAGAUAGCAGUACAGGCAGCUAUGCAACUGGACAUUCAAGCCUUGUGGGGGCUUCUUUCCUGGAAUGCCUCUUCCCAUUGAUUCCACCUAAUUCUGGAUUUCUUGGAAAGGUUGGGCAACCAGAGGAGUUUGAGGCACCGCAAGAAGUGUGGAAUCAAAAGUUUGAUCAUCAAAAUAACGACAGUCACAUGAUAAGGAGGCCACAAACACUAGGGGAGCUGAUAAUGAUGAGCCGAAGGAGGAGCUACCGAAGAAAGGCUGUUCAAAUGAGAAAACAGAAUCUGUCAAUGGAAUUCACAAAGGGGGGAGCUUUUGGGUGCUGCAUCUUUGGAUAUGGCAACAAGAUGAUAGAAGAAAUGGGCAUCAAGAGGAAGCAAUUGCCCCGACUGAAGCUGGCAUGGUAA